CUUCACUAUACGCACGUGUUGUUUCAAGUAGUGCUUUGAAGUAGAUAUCAUGGCUUUGGAAAAUGGCCUCUCAGUGAUCGCUGAUGUAGUAGGAUGGGGCUAUUUCUUGGCAUGGACAAUAUCUUUUUAUCCGCAAAUUUACGAAAACUGUCGCCGUAAGAGUGUAAUUGGAUAUUCCUUCGACAUGGUGGCGUACUUCUUGCUCAGCUACUUAACAUAUCUCGUCUACAAUGCUGUUGUAUACUUCGAUAUUCAAAUCCAACAAGAAAUGAUCGGAAAAACCCACGAAUCUAACCCUGUAAAGCUGACCGAUGUAGUGUUUGCUCUCGUCGCCUUCGUUUGCACCGCAAUUCAGGGCCUACAAUGUUUUUUCUUCGAGCGUGGGUCGCAGAAAGUCCAUAUCUCUACAUGGGUCGUCUGUUGUCUUGCUCUGCUCGCACUAGGCGCACUUUCGCUGUUUGCUGCUUUCAAACUCCUCUCCUGGGUGCUUGUGUUACAAUAUUGUGGAUACCUUAAACUUGCUGUGUCGUUUGGAACGUAUACUCCACAAGUAUGGCUAAAUUACCAUCGCAAAUCCACAGAAGGUUUCCACAUUGGAGGUGUAUUGCUAGACUUUAGCGGUGGUGUUCUAAGCCUUCUCCAAAUGAACAUUUACUGCAUCAUCGAGCACAGCAACAAACAAUUUACAGGAAAUAUUCCAAAAAUGGCUCUGUCAGUUGUUACUCUAAUAUUUAAUAUUAUCCUAAUAAGUCAGCAUUACGUAAUUUACAUGGGGAAUCCAUUACCUGAACUACGUCCACAGCUAACCGAAGAAAAGCACCAGUUAAUUGCAAGUGGUGGUAGAUCUAAUAUAAAUAUAUAUCAUUCCAUUAAUGUGGAUGCAAAUGAUGGCACAUCCAAUGCUGGGUCCAUCAGUGUUUCAAAAUGUUAGAUUAGAGAGGAUACUAGAUUCUGAUAUUAUUAAUUUAUGGGGGAAAAUUGUAGAAAUAAGGCUUUUCAAAAGGCGUAUUGCAAAGAGACUUAGUUGUAAAAUGUUGAAAUAUAAAGACCACUCGAAUACUAUGAGGAUGACUUCAUCAGGGAUGAAGUAUGCAUCCAAGUUUAGAUGAAGACAUAGAGCUUCAUCAAGGGCAUAAUCAACCCUAAUG